CCCUCGACUUUUUUCUCUCAUUUCAUCUUCUCUCUCAUCAUCUCUCUCAUUCUCAAUCAUGGAAGAUUCAUCGUUUGAAUACCCCAGCGACAUUCUCUACACCCAGGAGCCUCUCUCGGGAUACAAGUUUGGCGGAUAUCAUCCCGUCCGUAUCGGUGAUACUUUCAAAGAUAACCGCUACACUAUACAUCACAAACUCACGUGGGGAGGUUUCUCCACCGUCUGGCUCGCCCAUGACAAUCUGCGACACCGAUGGGUCUCCUUGAAGAUCAAAACCGCGGACACAUCGUACAGUUCUCAAGAACUCCAAAACCUCCAGCAGCUGGAGAAGAUUGCCGCUCCGGACGAUCUCUCGUCCAAGUACAUUCUCCACCUGCUGGACGCUUUCAUCCAGCCCGGCCCCAACGGCAUUCACCAGUGCCUGGUCUUUGAGCUGAUCGGUCCUACUAUCGAUCGCAUCAUCACUGACUACCGUGAGCUUUCGGAUUCUCUUGAUCCACAGACCAUUCUCCGCUUGUCGAGGCAGCUCCUCAAAGCUAUCGAAUUGGUCCAUAAUGCGGGGGUGGGGCAGAUAGAUAUCAGCGGCAGAAAUAUCGUCUUCAGCGGUAGGAAUUUGUCCUAUGCAUCGGAGAAGAUCAUCUUUGCGGUCUUUGGCUCGCCCGAGCACGAACCAGUGACCCACCUCGAUGGCACCCCGCUGCACAAAGGCUUCCCAGCGGCUCUUUUCGGACCGGUGAGUUGGGAAGACUGGCUAGAGGAGUUUGCCGAGGAGCUUCGCAUCUUCGACCUAGGAGAGGGCUUUGCACAGGAAGAGAAGUCGAGAAUACUCGCGCAACCGGGUCCUUCGCGGGCUCCAGAGCUGAUUUUCACGGGGAGGUCUGAUCACAGGACUGAUCUAUGGCAUACGGGCUGCAUGCUGUUCUUCUUUGUGUUCGGGACAUACCCCUUUGACUCCGAUGUAGAAGAUAUGGUAGUGGUCGAGCAGAUGAUUGACCUUCUGGGGGAGUUACCCCAGGAAUGGCAACCUAUCUGGGACCGCAUGCGAGCAGAAGCCGGAGACAUGAUGGAUUUCCAAGGCGACGAGGUCUUCACUCUGGAGGACCGCUUCGAUAAGGAAGUGGCCGAGCCAGAGCUUGCUCCUCUGAUCCCGAUCAUCCGAGCAUUGCUGGAGUUUCGGCCUUCGGAGCGCAUUACAGCUCCGCAAGCCCUUGGUCUUUUGGGAACUCAGGGACAGUGAACGAAGUCAUGAAUAUGAGCUAGCUAGUCAAUUUAGCAUUUGCUGUAGAGAAG